GCUUCACAUUUUGAGGUUAAUGUCAACAUCAUCUUUCAAACAUCUAUUUUUUCCGGAUUGAUUCUUUGUUUAUGUCUUUCAAAAAACGAUUAUUUUUGAUAUAAUGGUAACAGCCGUGUAUUUUAAAAUGAAUUUUAUACUGCUGGUGCUGUUCUCGGUCUUAUUGGGGGCUGUUUUUACCAUGGACACCCAAAUGACGAUUAUGGUGCAACCUAACGCAGAAGACUGCUUUUUCCAACCUGUGACUGCCAAACAGGAGACAAAAUUUGAAAUUGACUAUCAGGUAAUUAGUGGUGGCCAUGGUGACUUAGACAUAUCAUUUUAUCUGGCGGAACCAACGGGAAGGAUCCUAGUGGCAGAUUUUAAAAAGGCUGAGAAACAUCAUAUAGUACAAAUCGAUAAGACUGGAGAGUACAAAUUUUGCUUUGACAAUAGUUUUAGUACUUUCAACACCAAGACUGUAUAUUUUGAAAUAAGUGUGCAUGAAGAUAGUUCCGAGGAUACUUCGUCAGAGGAGUGGCAGCUCAAUUAUGAAUUCUCCAGCAAGAAUCUUAUUAAUGAGGAGCAAAUCAAGUAUUUCUAUCAGUCAUUGAAUCAUGUGAGAUCAGAAUUGAAUAAGGCAGCAGAAUUGCAGAAUUUAAUCAAGGUUACUGAAGCCAAGGACCGGAAUAUUGCAGAAGAGGCAUUUUUUAAGGUGAAUCUCUUGUCGAUUGUGGUGUUGGUUGUGAUGGUUCUCUCUGGUUUGAUGCAGAUUAUAUUGAUUAAAAGCAUCUUUGAGGAAAAAUCCAAAUUACAUAAGCUCCUAGCUUACCUUGAUAAAUAUUUGCAAAUGAAUUAAAAUUUUAUGUUUUCUUAUGUUCUUGUUUGUUUCUGCAGAAUGAUAUUUGGAAAAAAUUAGUGUUUUUUAAAAACUGUUAAAAUGCUUGUAAAUAUAAUAUGCAUUUAAUAAAUAAAUGAAAAAAACAA